AUGGGAGAAUGGACCAUCCUGGAGCGGCUGCUGGAGGCGGCGGUGCAGCAGCACUCGACUAUGAUCGGGAGGAUCCUGCUGACGGUGGUGGUCAUCUUCCGCAUCCUGAUCGUGGCCAUCGUGGGCGAGACGGUGUACGAUGACGAGCAGGCCAUGUUCGUGUGCAACACGCUGCAGCCGGGCUGCAACCAGGCCUGCUACGACCGCGCCUUCCCCAUCUCGCACAUCCGCUACUGGGUGUUCCAGAUCAUCCUGGUGUGCACGCCCAGCCUCUGCUUCAUCACCUACUCGGUGCACCAGGCGGCCAAGCAGCGCGAGCGCCGCUGCUCCGCCGUGCCGCCGGCCCCGGAGCGGGAGCCCCCCGACGGGCCCGACGGGCCCGACGGCGACGCCCCCAAGAAGCGCCCGGCGCUCAACGGCGUCCUGCAGCCCGCCGGGCCCGAGGCCAAGGAGCCGGCGGCGGGGCCCCCGGGCCCCCGAGGCCCGCGCCCGGCCGGCCGGCCCAAGCUGCGGCGGCCGGAGGGCAGCAUCUCCCGCUUCUACGUCAUCCAGGUGUUCUUCCGCAACGCGCUGGAGCUGGGCUUCCUGCUGGGCCAGUACCUGCUGUUCGGUUUCCGCGUGCCGCGCCUGGUCGAGUGCGACCGCUACCCCUGCGUCAAGGAGGUGGAGUGCUACGUGUCGCGCCCCACCGAGAAGAGCGUCUUCCUGGUCUUCAUGUUCGCCGUCAGCGGCGUCUGCGUCCUGCUCAACCUGGCCGAGCUCAACCACCUGGGCUGGCGGAAGAUCCGCCUGGCCGUGCGGGGCGCCCGGGCCAAGCGCAAGUCCCUCUCCGACAUCCGCGCCCGGGACCUGCCCCGGCCCAGCCUGCCCGCCUUCGGACGGACGCAGUCCGGAGACUCGGCCUACGUCUGA